AUGGGAAAAUCAAGACCUCACAACAAGAAGGCCUCCAAAUCUCGCUCGAAGUCCGUUUUGGGCGCUGGCGGCUCGGUUUCGAAACAGAAAAUGAACGAAGACCCCUCUAAGCUCCUCGAGCAGGCCACGAUACAGCUCCAGACCGGUCAACCGGAUGUGGCACUUUCGUUAGCUCAGCAAGCCCUGAACAAUGCGCCGGAUAAUUCUCCAUCUCAAUUAGUGGCACUUAAUACCGUUGGGGAGAUCUACGUUGAACUGGGCGAGAUCGAUGUUGCGAAACAACACUUUAUGCGUGCCAUCGAGCUCGACCCGAAUGGCACAAUCCCUGAGGCUCAAGGAGGCGGUGCUGAGAAGUUCCUAUGGUUAGCUCAAUUGAGCGAACAGGGUGGGAAGGACAGCGUUCAAUGGUUCGAGAAGGGAUCGCUCUCCUUCCCUUUGCAAGGUUGGCUUGCAGAUCUUUUGGUGCUGACUGUCAGUAGGUGGGAAGAAGAUGCGGAAAAUCGUUGCGAAUCACUCAUCACAGAAGCCCUCCUUGUCGCUCCGAAUGCGCCCGAAGUACUACAGACCCUCGCAUCGAUCCGUAUCUCGCAGCUACGGACAGAAGAGGCUCAAGCAGCGCUCAGGAGGAGUCUCGACCUUUGGAAAGACCUACCGCCUGAGGACUUGUCCAUUCCUGAUUUUGCGACAAGAAUUAGUCUUUCCCGUCUCCUGAUGGAGGUCGGCAUGGAGCUUGAGGCUUUAGAGGUGCUGGAACGCCUAAUCUUGGAGGACGACCAAAGUGUGGAGGCAUGGUAUCUUGGAGGAUGGUGUCUGCAGCUCCUAGCCGGGAAGCAACAAGCACCCAAGGAUGCCGAUGAAGAGGACGGCAACACCCCAGAGGCCAGGCGCCAUGCAUCACUCGUGGCUAGCCGCGAAUGGCUCAAACAAAGCUUAACGCUGUACGAUCUCGUUCAGUAUGAGGAUGAGAGACUCAAGGAACACGCACUGGAGUUGGUCCAAGAGAUGAACAAGGAGAUCGGAGAAGAUAUGGAUGAUGAUGAGGCCGGGGAGGGUGAGGAAGAUUGGGAGGACGAGGAGAUCGAGCAGACGGCGCCGGAUAAAGUAGGAUCCGACCGCUUUCCCCGGGCGAUAACCAGAGCCAAAUUUAUUCCGGCAAUUCGACUUCGAGUGGCAAAUAGCUCAAUGAUGGACCUUGUUUCAGCGCCCAGCGGGGAAGAUUCCUCGUUGAAGGAUCCGGUGGUCCAGGUGGAAGCCGUUGAUAUGGCCUCCGCAGUAUCAAAGGCCGGCACCGCAACGGAGAAUACAGCCGCUGCGAAGGAAGAAGUGACUCAGUCUGAGUAUGAGACAGAUAGCGACGGCUCAGGCGAUGAGUGGGAGACUCAGUCUUUAUACGAAGACGCUAUUCAAGUCCUACGCGACGACCAGCUCCGCGAUGGUGUACCGGAUGCCUGCACAUUGGAAGAGGCCGUCGCCUAUCGCAAACGACUCCAUGAGGUUGGCAAGGCUGCAUUUGUUGAAGAAACGCUGGGUCAGGAUAAAGUGACUGCGAGGAAGCUUUGUACUGCGUUCGGUAUCUUGCCCCCAGCGUUUCUAGCCGAUGCGCCGGACGAGGCCUUUCAUCCUCUCCUGGCUAUCGCGAUUUCGCGCGAGUUUUCCAGGCGCCCGAAGCUCCCACAGUAUAAUACAAUAGACGAUGCGGUCAAGCUGCUCAAGGAGAGCAAGAAUAUCGUCGUCUUGACUGGCGCUGGUAUUUCUACGAGUCUCGGAAUACCCGAUUUCCGAUCAAAGGACACUGGUCUCUAUUCACAGUUGGCGCAUCUAGGCCUAAGCGAUCCCCAGGAGGUGUUUGACAUCCAGGUAUUCCGCGAGGAUCCCAGUAUCUUCUUCUCGAUCGCGAAGGACAUCUUACCUACUGAGAAGAAGUUCUCGCCAACCCACGCCUUUAUCCGUGUCCUGCAGGAUAAGGGGAAGUUGUUAACCAACUACACUCAGAAUAUCGACAAUAUCGAGGCGAAUGCGGGUGUUCUCCCAGAAAACAUCGUGCAAUGUCACGGGUCAUUCGCCACGGCUACGUGUGUCAAAUGUCAGUACAAGGUCAAGGGUGAUGAGAUAUUCGAUGAGAUCAAGAAGGGAGUUAUCCCUCAGUGUGACUCUUGCCGCAAGCGCAUCGCGGAAGAUUCGGGGACUAAGAGGAAGCGGAGCAGCAACGGAGUCCACAAGAACCGCAAGGACAAUGAUGGGGAUAGCACUGAUGACGACUACGAGAUUCCUACUCCUGGUGUCAUGAAGCCCGAUAUCACAUUCUUUGGGGAAGAUCUUCCUGAUGAAUUUGGCCGCCGGCUGCUGCACCAUGACCGUGAUCAGGUGGACCUCGUUAUUGUCAUUGGGACUUCACUGAAGGUGGCUCCUGUAGCGGAGGUUCCGGGCGUGCUGCCUCGAACAGUUCCUCAGCUCUAUAUCUCACGUACCGUAAGUCAUAUAUUCUCCUUAUGUUUUUGCGCCCCAGGUUUUACUGACAGGGUCUCAGCCUGUGUCGCAUACGGAGUUCGACAUCGAUCUGCUCGGCGACUGCGACGUGUGCAACGAACAAUGGAGUAUCUCAUUCGCUUCGCCCAGGCCCAUGAGUCUUUUCGGCAAUCCGAGAUCCAGGCACUGGCUGACUUGGCGGGCGUGAAACUCGAAUUUCUACACUAUGAUAAGAAUUCCCCAUUCUGCAUAAUACGAGUGCCUGAUGAAGCAGCAGCUCGUGCAGUAAUUACCCGAAGCAUUAUAGCCAAGGAUAUCUUCGAGCUUUGGGGCCAAGGCACCAACUUCGAUGAAGUCUACGCCGACGUCCGCAGGCGGACGGAGGAUCGCUGGGCACACUACAAGGACUCAUCGUUUCGGUUCACCAUUGACAGCUUCGCAGGAAAGCGCAGCAGUGAAAAGAAGCGCGAGAUCAUCCAGUCGUUUUCCUUCCUGGGGUUCAAGGGCCCCAUUCGCAUGAAGAACCCAGACCAGGAUUUCUGGGUCUUCGAGGACUACGGAUUGGACCUGAACUCUCCCGGUACGCCUCGUCCUGAGGGCCAAGAGCCGAAGAUUAUUUAUUUUGGACGCUGGAUUGCGAAUAGUAGUCGGGAUGUCGUCAAUAAAUAUGACCUCAAGAAGAGGCGCUAUAUUAGCACUACCUCUAUGGAUGCGGAGUUGACGCUCAUAACGGCUAAUAUGGCUCAUGCCGCGCCCGGGAAGCUUUUCUAUGAUCCGUUUGUUGGUACGGGGAGCUUCUUGGUGGCUAUGUCGCAUUUCGGGGCUGAGACGUUCGGAUCGGAUAUCGAUGGACGCAGUUUCCGGGGUAAAGAGAUGAUGGAGAGGGGUGGGACGAUGGGAGUAUUGUCAAACUUUCAGCAGUAUGAUAUGGUCGGCAAAUUUAUGGAUGUCUUUACUUCCGACCUUACCAAUACGCCUUUGCGCUCCGCUCAAUUCUUGGAUGGCAUCAUCUGUGAUCCGCCUUACGGUAUCCGCGAAGGACUCAGGGUUCUUGGGAGACGCGAGGGCCUCAAAAACGAAGAGGUCAUUAUCGAUGGAGUCCCUGCUCACUAUCGACCUGGAUAUAUUGCGCCUAAGAAGCCCUACGGCUUCGAAGCCAUGCUCAACGAUAUUCUCAACUUUGCUGUCAGAACUCUCGUUACGAAUGGACGUCUAGCCAUGUGGAUGCCAACGGCAAACGAUGAGGAGGUUGAAUUGGCGGUUCCGAUGCACCCGAACCUGGAGGUAGUGAACGUAUCUGUCCAACCGUUCUACACUUGGUCUCGUCGACUCAUCACCUAUCGAAGGCUACCAGAAGGACAAGUCUCAGACGUUUCACAAGGCCGGCAAAAGCUGGAUGCUCAGGGAGUGUACGCAGACCAACUGAAUGAGUUCAGAAGAAAGGUAUGCCCUGCACACUCACGAUGCAUCAAUACAGUCCUGACCAUUCCAUUAGUACUUCAUGAAGAACCCGCCCGACAGUUCGAAAUCCGGAAGAGAAAGUUCUGCCUCAUGAACAGCACUAGAAUAGAAUAUAACCAAAUAUCGAACAAAAGCAAUGACUCUAUUACGCCCAUCAUGAUGCAAACCCAACAAAACAACAGAACCGCCUCAAUCUAUACUUCUUCAAGUAUCCCAUCAAAGCUUCCCCUUUCCAACCCCAAAGCCCCCAAACUCCCCUUCCAAAUCCACACCCUCCUCCCUCUUGACCCUCUGAACUUCCCUCGCCAACUCCUCCCUCAACAGCCUAGCCAGACUCUCCCCCUCCUCAUCAUCUAG